UUAUGUCGCCGAAUCAUUGCCCACGAAAACACCGCGUCUAGCGAAACAUAGCCAACAUGGCGCCGUCGCGACUGAAGUACAAGAAUGUUCCGAUAUUGGCACUGCUAUGCUCGAACGCGGCGGUAAUGCAGCAGAUGCAAUGAUUGCCAGUGUAUUGUGCGUCGGCGUUAUGGUACCCUGGCACUGUGGAGCUGGCGGCGGCGGCUUUGCACUUGUGCGAUCACCAAAAGGCGACUACGAGUCUAUCAAUUUUCGGGAAGCAGCGCCGGCGCUAGCAUCGGAGAAUAUGUACGUUCAUGAGCCCAAACUCUCUUUAAUCGGUGGACUGGCUGUGGGUGUGCCUGGCGAGCUUCGCGGACUCGAGCAUCUGCACAAGCGAUACGGUAGUCUGCCAUGGAAGACUCUGUUUGAGCCUGCCAUUCUACUCGCGCGGAAUGGCUUCAGAGUGAUUCCAGAGACACAAAAAGUCAUUGGCGACGAAAGCUACUCGAAUGCGAAUCCUAAUUACGCCUUCAUUGUGGAUGACCCUGCUUGGGCUGCCGUCUAUGCACCAAAUGGCAAGUUGGCGCCAAUCAAUUCUACCAUUUACCGACCAACUUAUGCAGAUACUCUUGAGCAGGUCGCCAAGCAUGGUGCAGAUGUCUUUUAUCAUGGAAAGCUCGCCAAGCACCUGGUCAAUGCUGUUGAGAAAAGGGGCGGUAUCUUGUCCCUGAAGGACAUGAAGCGGUACAAAGUAUUGCGACAAAAGGCAGUCAGUGUGAAGUAUGGAGAGUUUGAUUUGUUUGCGUCGCCAGCACCUGCAUGUGGCGCCAUAACAUUGGCAGCGAUGAACGUUCUCAGUGGGUAUGAUCUCGUUGCUGGCAACCUGUCAACCCAUGUCUUGACGGAAAGCCUGAAAUUUGUAUACGGUCUUCGCACAGCCCUAGGAGAUCCUGACUUCAUCAAAAACGCUACGUCCUUCGAAAAGGCCAUCUUGACUGAGCGCGUGGCAGAUCAAAUCAGAGAAAAGCUUUCACUCGAACGAACGCAAGAUGCAAGCGUCUACAACCCAGAUAAUUUGGAAAUUCUGAGUGAUAGUGGAACCAGCCAGAUGGUGGCUGCUGACGCAAACGGGCUUGUCAUCUCCUUGACGACAACCGUGAACACUUACUUUGGCUCUACAGUCAUGGUUCCAGAAACAGGUGUCGUCCUCAAUAACGAAAUGAAUGACUUUUCUAUCCCUGGUGUUCGCAAUGCGUUUGGUUUCAUUCCGACUACGGCUAAUUUCAUCCGACCCUUUAAGCGCCCGCUCUCGAGCAUUAGUCCCGCAAUUGUCGAGCGAAAUGGCAAGUUCUAUUUUGUGACAGGGGCAGCAGGAGGCUCGCGUAUCAUCUCAGCCGUUGUGCAAGCACUCUGGCAAGUUUUGGAUCUCAAUGCUGGCGUUGCGGAAGCACUCAAGGAACCUCGACUACAUGACCAAGUCUCGCCAGCGGUGACGACUUUUGAAUAUGCUUAUGACAAUGCCACUGUCGCAUACAUGGCAGACAAGGGGCACAAUGUUUCAUUCGUACCCCCUGGUAUGAGCAUAGUCAUGGGCGUUCGCGCUGUUUCAGGUGGUUUUGACGCGGCUGCUGAUCCGCGACGCGUAAGUAGUGGAGCAAGUGUCGUCUAAGCAAAUACCCUACCA